AUGGCGGGGUACAAUGGCAGAUCAGAAUAUAUGCAACUCUUCCGCCCUGAACUGCACCUCCAGAGACCACCGCCACCAUCCAUCUCUGUUCCGCCGCAGCAGCAACAGCAACAACAGCCUCAACCUUCGUCCGAUUCUCAGCAGCAAGAAGACUCUCCCGAAGGGGACCAAGAACACAAGAUCGAGUCAGACACCGCCGCAACUAGUUCCGGAGGCGGCGGUGGGAGUGGCGGUGGGGGAUCAGGGCGUCGUCCUCGGGGGCGUCCUGCAGGGUCAAAGAACAAGCCGAAGCCUCCGAUCAUCGUGACGCGAGACAGCCCCAACGCGCUCCGGUCGCAUGUGCUGGAAGUCUCGGCCGGGGCAGACGUGAUGGAGAGCGUGUCUCACUACGCGAGGCGGAGGGGGAGAGGAGUCUGCGUGCUCAACGGCACCGGCACAGUCGUCAACGUCACUCUGCGUCAGCCGGCGGCGCCGACGGGGAGCGUGGUCACUCUCCACGGGAGGUUCGAGAUACUCUCGCUCUCGGGGACGGUGCUGCCUCCUCCGGCCCCUCCCGGCGCCGGUGGACUGUCCAUCUUCUUGGCGGGCGGGCAGGGGCAGGUGGUUGGGGGCAGCGUGGUGGGCCCGCUGCUGGCUUCAGGGCCGGUGGUUUUGAUGGCUGCGUCGUUUGCGAAUGCGGUGUUUGAGAGGCUGCCAUUGGAGGAGGAAGAGGCGGGGGGAGAUGGUGGGUUACAGGUCCAGCAACCGACGGCUUCACAGUCUUCAGGAGUCACCGGCGGUGGUGGAGGAGGACAGCAGCAGCAGCUUGGUGAGGGAAGUAGCAGCGCAGUCUUUAAUCUGGGAGGGAAUAUGGGGGCGGGGAGCUAUCCAACGUAUUCUGGAACUGACCUGUACGGGUGGGGCAGCGGCGGAGGAGUUACUCAUCCGCGGCCUCCGUUUUAG